CUCUCAGGAUACCAAAAAAUUGUGACCGCACGUGUUUAACACACUGCGACUGCGUCCGGACGGUAUCAGUGCCGUCCUCCCAGCGCUCGGGCUGGGCCGAAGGACUUUUAACAAACAAAACCGCGCGCGCGACCCGCCGGCCUGACCCGAGAUGGCCCUCCUCUGGGGCCGCCGCCCCCUGCGCGAGCUCCCGAACGACGAGGAGAACCCCGUCAACGAGAAGCCCACGCCCAAGUUCCACCUGCGGCGGCUCUCGAAGUCGAGCGCGCCCGUCUUCGAGAUCGCCGGCGCUCUAGCGCCGGACGCCUGCGACCGGGCCAGAGACGCGGUCAACGCGUGCUUCGACGCGGGCAAGACGACGGACCGGGGCGUCUCCCUGCCAACCCAGGAUGUGCUAGUCUCCUCCCUCCCGCAACGGUCGCAGGACGAGAUCCGCGCCGCGCUCGAGGCGUCGGCUUCCAGGGCCUCCGACGAGCUGCCGCCGGAGAUCAGGCUGGAGUUCUCCAUGGCGCGGGCCUUCUGCAUCGUCUACGACGCGGGCGGCCAGAAGGGCCUGAAGAAGCACACUGAUGGAAGGAAGGAGGGUGCUACUUUGUUAUUACUCCUCUCGACGCCCGGCGUCGACUUUGAAGGAGGCGGCACGCGCUUCUUUCCCUCGGUGUUGGAACCGUCCUUCGACGCGAAGCCGGCCAAGGGCUCGACGGUCGUCUUCCCCUCCGAUACCUUACAGCGCGGGGCGGCGCGGAAAUCUACCCGUGAGAAAUAUUGCGUGGACCUUCGUGAACCUCCACGCCAUCGAGCAGACACGGUCACGGGGACAAACGUCGCGCCGAUGGCGUGGAAUCGCCACGCCAUCGAGCCGACGCGGUCACAAGGACAACGUCGCGCUGAGGGCGUGGAAUCGCCACGCCAUCGCGCAGACGCAGCCCGAACUUUGAUUUUCCACGCAGGCACGAGGGCCUGCCCAUCAAGCGGGGCCGCCGCCUACUCGUCUGCGUCUUCGCGACCAAAAAGAAGCGCGCCGGCGGGCCGCGCGCGGCCGAGACGACGGCCUGCGAGUGCCGGCCCGGGCCCGGUUGUUCGGUGGACGCUUCGGAUGUGGAGGACCCGUGCUCCCGGCCGCCGGAGCCGACGUCCUGCGCGGACCCCUGCAAGUCCAUGGACGGCGCGGAGGUCGGCGCCUCGGAGUGCGCCUGCGUCGUAUCCUGAGUUAUCCCUAGCCCCGACGUCUCCCCUGUAAUUUCCCGUAUGUUUGAAC